AUGCUGUUCAUCCUGUGGGAGUCUGAGAAUCCCUCCAGUGUCCAACAUGUGCAUCGCCCUAGCCACCCUAGCCAGGGCAUAUCCAUGCCCGAAUGCCGGCGAAGACCCAGUUCAGCAUCCAGGAUCUACGUUUCGUCCGGCUUGGGGGGCUUUUGGGUUGGCCACGGGCCACGUCGCCUCCUCAAUGGGCCCUCAUUGAAACCCCAAAAUUUGUGGUCGUCGGCGACUCAUUCGUUCCCCGUUCGCUCGUCGAUGGUGGCGGACCCACCCUGGUCACCGCUCUGCGCUCGUGUGGCGGCCCAGUGA